UCGAGUUUCUUCACACCAACUUUCCACUGGCUCUCUCUUCCUCCUGCAAACAAUUUAAUCGCUGAGUUUUAUCUAAUUUUAAUUUCUUAAUUGUAUAUGUUUGAAAGUAAGAUUUAAUUUGGUUCUGUGAUUCUGCGUUUUGGAGCUAUAGCCAACAUGGGAACCAGCUUCAAAGCACUUCUGUUCCUUACAAGCCUGUUGUUUUCUCUUGUAUUCUCUGCACCCAAUGAUGGGUUGUCCAGGAUUGCACUGAAAAAGGUGAAACUGGAUUCUAACGACCGGGUUGCUGCGCAGCUCGAAUCCAAGAACGGAUUGAGGAAGUAUCGUCUCCCUUCGAAACUCGGAGAACCUGAGUCUGGGGAUGUCGACAUUGUUUCGUUAAAGAACUACUUGGAUGCUCAGUACUAUGGCGAGAUUGCCAUUGGCACUCCCCCUCAACCCUUCACUGUCAUUUUCGACACUGGAAGCUCGAACUUGUGGGUUCCAUCGUCCAAGUGUUAUUUCUCGCUUGCAUGCUUCUUCCAUGCCAAGUACGACUCGGGCCAAUCGAGAACAUACAAGAACAACGGGACUUCUGCUUCCAUCCAGUAUGGUACCGGAGCUAUUUCAGGCUUCUUUAGCAAUGACAAUGUUAAAGUCGGGGACAUCGUUGUUAAAAACCAGGAUUUCAUCGAAGCAACCAGUGAACCCGGUCUCACAUUCUUGGCCGCCAAGUUUGAUGGCUUAUUGGGACUUGGGUUUCAAGAGAUUUCGGUUGGAGGUUCUGUCCCAGUGUGGUACAACAUGGUUGAGCGAGGUCUUAUCAAGGAACCGGUGUUUUCCUUUUGGCUCAAUCGCAACGCACAAGAUGAAGCAGGUGGUGAAAUUGUGUUUGGCGGAGUUGAUCCGAAACACUUUAAGGGCAAGCACACAUAUGUUCCGGUAACGAGGAAAGGCUAUUGGCAGUUCAACAUGGGUGAUGUUCUUAUUGGUGGUAAACCAACUGGAUAUUGUGCUGGUGGCUGUUUCGCAAUUGCAGACUCUGGAACUUCCCUUUUGACAGGUCCAUCGACUGCAAUUACCAAGAUAAAUCAAGCCAUUGGAGCCAGUGAUGUUGUUAGCCAGGAAUGCAAGGCGGUUGUUAACCAGUAUGGACGAACCAUUCUUGAUUUACUCGUAGCUGAGGUCCACCCAAAGAAGGUUUGUUCUCAAAUUGGAGUGUGCAUUGACGGAACUCGUAGUGUAAGCAUGGGCAUUGAGAGCGUGGUGGAUGAGAACAACGGCAAAUCUUCCGGCAUUCUUCAUGAUGCUUCAUGCUCUGCGUGUGAAAUGGCAGUUGUCUGGAUGCAAAACGAGCUUAAGCAGAAUAUGACGCAAGGUCGCAUUUUGAACUACGUCAAUGAGCUUUGUGAAAAAAUGCCAGACGCAUCGGGACAAUCUACAGUCGACUGUGGAAAGCUUUCUUCCAUGCCUCCCGUUUCCUUCACCAUUGGCGGUAAAGUUUUUAAGCUCACUUCAAAUGAGUACAUACUUAAGGUCGGCGAGGGUGCUCAAGCUCAGUGCAUAAGUGGAUUCACUAGCAUGGAUAUCCCUCGUCCCCGCGGACCUCUCUGGAUCUUGGGAGAUAUAUUCAUGGGUCGUUACCACACCGUGUUCGAUUAUGGCAAUAUGAGAGUCGGAUUUGCAGAGGCUGCAUAAAGAACGGCCUUGGGACCGACCCUUCUUCUUGAAAUUAUUUGAUGCAUAUGCUCAUCUUUGUUUACUUUUCAUAUAUGUACCUCUGUAUGUAAAACGAUCCAGUGGUUAAAACUUGCAAUCAGUUGUGGUGUCUGUUGGCGUCGGCGUAAACCUAGUGUUUGUAAAUACAACUGUUUGUAAUCUGGUAUCAUAUGUUAUAAGUUUGAGAGCAUGUAGUAAAUUGUGCAAUGUUUUCUAGUAA